AAUCUCGCGUAUGCACUCUGCUCUCUACGGUGCAGAAUAUACUGUACCUAACGUUACGGGAGUGCCUGGGACUUAAAAGAACAAACAUUACAUCAUGAAAGAUGACAGACGUGUAAGUCCGCUUUAAGUAUCGAGAGAGGUAGACCGAAAAACACUGGUUCAGGAGAUCUGUCUGAUAAAGAAGUUAAUCUUGUUUCCUAGUGCUUUGACGGCCUGUUACUACUGGAAAUCCUCGGGCUAACCUGUGGACUCAAAACCGAGAAAGGAAGAACAACAUUGGGGAGUAUAUGACGCUAAGACUUGGCAGCAAAUCUAUUUUUCAAGGGAGAGGGAUUAGAUAGUCAGGCGAUACGUGUAAGAUACUGAGUAUUUGCUUAAUACUCGAACUCUGAGAGUUACAGUCGGCGUAAGUGUCAUAGUCGUUUGCUAGCCAAAUUCAAUGCUGGUGGACUCUCAAUGCUAGCUAGCAGCGCUAAGGUUAGCUGUCUAGCUAGGUUGACAAAAGUUUUGCUAACGGAGUGCAUGGCAGUAUUAACUAGGUAGUUAGUGAAGGAAAGAUAAUCUGUUGUCAUCUGUCAGUUUAGUUUUCAGUAAAUGAUUUGCUGGCUGCCAACAGCUCAGACACUUUGUGACUGCUACGAUUAAGUUGACAAUUAGCCCAAACAUGUUAAGCUAGCCAGAAUAGCUAGGUUAACCCAACCUAGCAAGCCCUUUUCAACCUAUCUGGUUGGUCACCUUCUCAGCAGUAAAACUAAAAGUCGCGUAGUUGUCCAAAUAUCGUCCUCACUUGAUUGUAAAUAGUUUUUCAUUUUCUUGACUUAUGCGGGGUUCGUUGGCCAUGUGUAAUGAGUUAGUGAUAGAUGAAUAACAAACAGACAUUCAGUGGCAAAAACUAACUUGGCCAAGUCAUCUUGCUAUCUGUCGUGUCGCAAUCCCAGACCAAAUAUCAGGCCACAGUGAGAAUCGUGAUACCUACUCCUGUAGAGGUCACUCAGAAGGCAAAAGGUUUCUAACGCCACUUAAUAUUUUGUACCAGACGUAGUAAAGUAGUCGAAAGAUCUUCCCAGUGCCGUGUGACGUUAGGCCAGUGCAGUGACGUCAAAUCCCAACUUUGCCUUUCAAGCUAAAAAUAAAACACACUUGGAAUAAUCACUUUUUUUUCUGUCGAAUGAAGCCCCACUCUUCCCCUUGGAUGUCAAGAUCUGCUGUCAACGUCAGUUGCCUUUGGGGCUGUUGACAUCUGUUACACUGCCACUGCACCUUGCCAAAGUCUGCUCGGUUCCUGAUCGCGACGAACGAGAAGACAGCACUCGGCAUAAUGAACCGUUACCUACCUGUGGCCCGACAGCACUUCCUGAGCGCUCUCGCCAGCACCAGUGUGGUAGUGAAGUCCAUCUGCGCGACAGUAAUAGUACUUUACCUCCUAUCCUGGGCGGUAGACACUCCCUAUGCCCUCGGUGUGACGCCAGGUUUCCUUUUUCCUCCGAACUUCUGGGUAUGGACACUGGUAACCCACGCUGUGGUUGAGCAGCACAUAUGGGGAGUAGUGGUCAACGUCGCCACGGUGAUGGUGUCGGGCCGGCUGCUGGAGCCCCUUUGGGGAGCUCUGGAGCUGCUCAUCUUCUUUGCCGUGGUGAACAUCUCGGCGGGCCUCCUUGCUGGCCUCUCUUACCUCUUUACCUAUGCCGCGACCUUUGACCUGGACUACCUGUUUGCGGUGCGGAUCUACGGUGCACCCGGGUUCCUCGGCGGGGUCCUGGUGGCCCUGAAGCAGACGACUGGGGACACCACGGUGCUCCGGGUGCCUCAGGUGCGGCUGAAGGCGGCCCCAGCGCUGGCUCUCCUGGUUCUGGCCGUGUUGCGGCUGGCCGGGCUCCUGGACACGGCGGCGCCGCUGGCUGCCUGUUGCUAUGGUGCCCUGGUGGGCUGGGUGUACCUGCGCUUCUACCAGCGGCACAGCCGGGGCCGUGGCGACAUGUCCGACCACUUUGCCUUCGCCUCCUUCUUCCCUGAGGCUCUCCAGCCGGCCGUGGGGCUGGUGGCCACCUUAGUCCAUGCGGCGCUUGUCAAGAUGAAGGUGUGCAGGAAGAUGGUGAAGAGAUACGACGUGGGCGCACCGUCCUCCAUUACUAUCAGUUUGCCGGGCACUGACCCUCAGGAUGCGGAGAGAAGAAGGCAACUGGCGUUGAAGGCUCUGAACGAACGACUGAAGCGCGUGGAAGACCAGUCCGCGUGGCCCAACAUGGAGGACGAGGAGGACGACGACGAGGAUGAGGUGCGGACGGACGCCCCGCUACUGCCCGCCCGCGAUGCCUCCUCGCCUGCCACCAGCUCCAGCCAGAGCCCCACGGGGCAGGAGUCCAGCAUCAUCAGCUUUGAGGACGCCCCCUCCCACUCCUAACACACACACACACACACACACACACACACACACACACAGAUGGAAAUACAUACAUACGUACAAAGCUCCAAGGCAUGUCACACAUUCUCAGUUGUUUAAUGGAACACACAUACCGAAUAAACCAGUCAUGUCCUGUUCAUAUCUGACGUACAGUAAUUAGCCUUAUGACUUACUAACACUCACACACACCUCUGCUUCCCACACACACACACACACACGUAUACACAGAUUUGUGUUUACCACAAAUGGACGCUUCUCAGCUUCGACGUUUGACAGAAGUACAGUGGCUCCACUCUAUACCUUGCUUCUGUGGCACUAAAAAUAAUCCAAGAAUUACUGUACAGAAGACAGUCCCCCCCAUCCUCCCUAGUUGUUUGUCCCCCCCUUGGGCUGGUUUCUUCUGAAUAAAUGCAGAAAGGGUUGAUGGGACGUUUCUGUUCGUUAUUUUUGAUGCGGUGUUUUUGUUCUUCGUGGAUUACAGACACCUUGACUCAGUCCUCGUGAGGGGUAGAGGGUGGCAGGUGAUUUCUCAGACUCCUCCCAGAAUCCUGUACUGGAACUGUGUAGCCACAUUUCAAGAGGUCUGUGAUUAAUUGUUCUUUUUCCCUCUUCCUAAAGACAAGUAAGUUUGCCCUGCAAACUUUUUCACAAUGUGGAAUUGCUUGUGGAUACAUCAUCAUGGAGAUUCAAGUGUGUGUCUUGCAUCACACCGACGGAAUGUGGUUGUCGUGGGGAAUGCCGCCUCACGCUUGUAUGCAGUUAUUGAUCAGCUGUCAUCUCUUUUGAGAGUGAGUGAGUGUGUGUGUGUUUGUCUGUCUGUGUGUGUGUGUGUGUGUGUGUGCGCGUGUGAGUGAAUGAGUGUAAGUGCGCACAUAUGUAUUUUAUAAUUGUGACAGACUGACAGACGAAGGUAAUGGGUGUUUAUGGAACACAUUUUUUUAUGCACACUAAAAAAUAGCUUGGCUUGAGAGCAAUACAGUAAUGAUCCAGUUCAGAUGCCCUAAUUGUAUCGAUCAGCCUGUUUUUCUUUUGUUACUUUGUCCUCAUGGUUUCUGUUCAUUUGUCUGGUGCUUCUUAGAGUUAGGUCUACAGAAAAAAAGUCUCUAAGUCACAAGCUCAUAUGAUAUUACAUUUUGGUGGGAUUUUGUUUAAAUGUGGGGGUUAGGGUUUGUGUGUGUUUUACGCAUUGAGGACUAAUUUUGAUAAAGCAUCAACUCGGACGCAAGUGUAGUGAAAGGGUGUUUGUGUGUUGGCAAAGGCAACUUUCUCCUGCGACUUGGAUUCCUCUUUGUCCUUUUUUUUCUUGGUCUGUCACUGACUAUCUCUAGAUUCCACAGUCUUUCGCUGCCCCUCAAAUAUCUCUCUCUUCCCUAUAUAGUAUUUGUAUUUUUAUCCCCUAUGCAAAAAGCUGCGGGUUAUGGGGGAGUUUGACUAUAUAGUGAAUAGAUGAACUAUUUGAGGUGCAGCCUCUGUUGUAUCUCUCCUCCCUGUAGAGAUUUUGGGUGGGGAUCUCCUUCCUGGUUGGCACCUCUGUCUCUUCAUUGCUCUGUACAAAACAAAAUAAUAAAUCCUGAAUGAUGAGUCUA